UGUCCAACCAGGGAGGCUAGGCUAACUAACUCAUAGAGGAAGACUGUGCUGAAGAUCUUAUACCUACACAAGUCCUUGAGUCAAAAAUGACAUACAGGAGAGACAGGAGUAUAAGAGAGGUGUAUGAUGAACGCUUUUUAACAGAGAGACCGGGUCCAUACCCACGAGCAGGUGGAGCAGUGGAGAGGAGGGGCCCCUUUGGCAGGCCAGAGGAUGACUAUGGCCGGGGCGGGUACGAUUACGAAGGAGGUCCCCGCUUUUUCCCAAAUGGAGGUGGCCCCCGAAAUUACCAUGAUGAUCAGAGGGGCUAUCACGGGGACAGCCUUCAUUUCCCUGCUGAACGCAGAGCUGGUCCGCCUUCAAGGAGGGAGGACUAUCCUUACAGAGUACCCAGGGAGGACCCUCACGCAGGACGGCCUUUGGAGUUUGGUGCUCGAGCUCCACCUCUUCAUAGCGUCCGAAACCAGGGCAUUUACCCAGCGCCCAGGUCCCUCCCAGAGAGCGGGGAAGACACACUAGUACAGGCCAUCCUCAACCUGGACAGAGGGGAGGACAGAGACCACUACAGGAGAAAGGCAGCCCCGUUCCCUCCCCUUAGAGAGCGUUCUCCUGUACGCCGUGAGGUGGCCCGUUCCCCCCACAGUCGCUCUGGCUCCAGCGUCAGCAGCAGAGGCUACUCACCAGAGAGAGCCAAGAGCCUGCCAUUUCCCUCACAGCAAGGCAAGAGUGUGGACGGUCCAGAGGGUCACGCGGGUGUUUCUGAGCACCUUUGGGGGUCGCUCUAUCCUCAGCAGAGUGGACAUGACACUUUGGGGUAUGAAGAGACUUAUUCUCAGAGCAAGAUGACUGACAAAAUUCCUGGCCUUUCAAGAGAAGGCUCUCCACACAGUGCGACGUCAAACAAGGAGGAGAACCAUCCUCCAGAAGCAGAAAAAGAGGAACCACUGGCAGCUCCUGUCGUAGACGAGAGCCAAAAGUCUACAGACAACUUUCAAGAGCGACGAGCCCUGGCCAUCGCAGCUAAAGCCCAAGAGAUAGAGAAGGUGUACCGUCAGGACUGCGAGACGUUUGGCAUGGUGGUGAAGAUGCUGGUGGCUAAAGACCCCAGCCUGGAGAAGCAGCUGCAGGUUCCCCUCAGGGAGAACCUUGGGGAGAUCCGCGAACGUUGCCUAGAGGACCUCAAACACUUCAUACAUGAGCUGGACGAAGCCAUACGGCAGCCAGAACCCUCAGUAUGUGACUCGACCACUCCGUCUACGUCCGUGGCGGGCAAUAAACUUUCAAAGACAGCAGUGAAUCACAGCUCAUCUUACUGACACCUUGGCCUGAUCAGUUUCUUUAAUGUGGGACUGAGUAUGGCAGGAUUGACUGCUGGAGGUAAUGGAUAUCUUGGACACAUGGUGGAUUGUUGAACUGAAGCUAUUCUGCAGCACAGCAACAUGAAGAAUAAGUGAGCAUGGAGAGAAGAUGCAGUGUUGCACUUGUGUAUGGGAGAAUGAACAGUGUUAGUUUUGAACGUGAGCAUUUUUACCCUCAAGUUCUCUGUUGAAAGUUGUUAAUUAUGAAAUAUUCUUGAAAGUUUUUUUUUUUGGGUCAGAUGUUGGCAAAAAAAUAUGUUUGUCUAUUUAAAAAGCUACUACACACAACAUUGAAAAUGGUUAACGUAGGUUUCAUUGUUUAACCUCCUCUGAUUAAAGAUAUGUUGACAGUUCUUUGGCAUGUUCACAUUUUUCUAAAAGAAAAGCCAGAAUGACGGUGAUUUGUUUUGUAAGGUUUUCAGCUAUGUAAAUUUUUAUUUUGUAGCAGUCAGAUAUAUGACUUGGUGCUGCUAAAUUUGUAACAGUUCAAUGUUAUUAUAUAAAUCUGUACUGUCGAGAAAUGUCAGUUCGAUUUCUUUUCAUGGUGUUGUCUCAUUUUGCUUUUUGAACUUUAUAUCCGUCAUAAAAACCUGCACAAAGCUUGGUUAUUUUGAUAACACGGAGACAAAGCUUUGCACAAACAGAGAU